AUGUGUGGCACUCUCACAACAUCUGAAGAUACGCACAAUAGGAGCUACUUUAUCACUCUUGUCGACAACGCAGAGAGCGAAGACGAUGUGGCAGAUCUGCUUAUAUUGUUCGAGACUUUGAGUGGAGAAGAGCUUGAAAAUGCUUUGCCGUCGCUUGUUUUUCUUGCGGAGAAAUGUCCCGGUACUCUUCGUUCGAACUUCUUGAAUUUGAUCUACUGCAUCCUGGCC